GAGACUGAGGUUUCUGCCCGCAGCACUGCCUUCGCUGAAAAGAGCUUGCAUCUGAGCCCCCGCACCGCAGGAACGAGCCACGCUCCUGAGAAUAAGGAAUCCAUCCCCACUGGGAGUAAGAAAUGACCGAGGUUCGGGAGACUUGAAUGAAAAUUCUGUGGAGAAUCUUCAGCAGAAAGCACUUCAGGAUCUGUUACAUGAGCUUUCCUCCUGGCUAAUUUUGGAAGGCAUGGCCAGUACAAUUACCGGAAGUCAGGAUUGUAUCGUGAAUCAUCAAGGGGAAGUGGAUGAGGAGCCUGAACUAGACCUUUCCCCUUGUCAACAGUGGGGAGAAGCAUCUUCUCGUAUUUCCAGAAACAGGGACAGUGUGAUGACUCUUCAAAGUGAUUAUUUCAAAAACAGUGAAAGUGAAACAUAUUUGCCUUUGAAAGUCCCAAGCCAAAUAGACACACAAUACUCUUCAGUGAAGUUCUGUAAGAAUGAGCCUCAGGAUCAUCAGGAAAGCAAACAUCUCUUUGUAACGGAAGAAAGCACUGAGAGAAAAGUGAUAAAGGGAGAAAGUUUUUCAGAGAACCUUCAAGUUAAAAUGGUGUCUGAUGGAAAAGAACUGGCCUCGCCAUUGUUAAAUGGUGAGGCGACUUGCCAGAAUGGCCAGUUAAAAGAAUCUUUGGAUCCCAUUAACUGUAACUGCAGAAACAUUUAUGGAUGGAAAUCACAGGUGGUCAGUUGUAGUCAGCAGAGAGCUCAUACAGAGGAGAAACCCUGUGACCAUAAUAACUGUGGGAAAAUACUUAACACCAGCCCAGAUGGUCAUCCAUAUGAGAAAAUCCACACUGCAGAGAAACAAUAUGAAUGUGGUCAGUGUGGUAAGAACUUCAGUCAAAGCUCAGAACUACUACUUCAUCAGAGAGACCACAUAGAAGAAAAACCCUACAAAUGUGAACAGUGUGGGAAGGGCUUCACAAGGAGCUCGAGUCUGCUUAUCCAUCAGGCAGUCCACACAGAUGAGAAGCCUUAUAAGUGUGACAGGUGUGGGAAGGGCUUCACCAGGAGCUCAAGUCUGCUCAUCCAUCAUGCUGUCCAUACAGGCGAGAAACCUUAUAAAUGUGACAAGUGUGGGAAAGGCUUUAGUCAGAGCUCCAAACUACAUAUCCACCAGCGAGUCCACACUGGAGAAAAGCCCUAUGAGUGUGGGGAGUGCGGUAUGAGCUUCAGUCAGCGCUCAAACCUACACAUCCACCAGCGAGUACACACAGGAGAGAGGCCCUACAAGUGUGGCGAGUGUGGGAAGGGCUUCAGUCAGAGCUCGAACCUUCACAUUCACCGGUGCAUCCACACGGGAGAGAAGCCUUACCAAUGCUAUGAGUGUGGGAAGGGUUUCAGCCAGAGCUCGGAUCUUCGCAUCCAUCUCAGAGUCCACACUGGGGAGAAGCCCUAUCACUGUGGCAAGUGUGGGAAGGGAUUUAGCCAGAGUUCCAAACUCCUCAUUCACCAGAGAGUACAUACUGGAGAGAAGCCCUAUGAGUGCAGCAAGUGUGGGAAGGGCUUCAGCCAGAGCUCCAACCUUCACAUCCACCAGCGGGUUCAUAAGAAAGAUCCUCGCUAAGUGACAUUUGCCCAUUCAGGUCUUCACGGCGCUCAUACUGUAAAAACUGUUACAUAUUUAGUAUCACUCUUACCUUUAUAUUCUACAAAGGAGAGAGAUGUAAGGGUUAUUUAGAUGUGUUUCCUCACUGAAAAAAUCAUUCAAAGUAUUUAAGUAUCAAGCACUUUUUUAUGCUGUACAAUGAAUGGAUUGUUCUUAUUUUCGGAUGGGCAGAGUAAAAGUGUCUGUACUUUACAGUUCAACUACAUAUUCUACCCAGCAUUUUAAUGGCAAGAACUUUAUAUUUAUUCUCAAGCAGGGCAUGUUUUCCUUUGUUCACAUUCUCUGAGAAAUUGAAACUCUGGUUUCUCUUCAAAUUAUGUGCUUUGUGUUUUUCAUAUUUCUUUCCAGUCCUGAUUAGCCACCUCCAAACUAUGAUUGUACACUGUGUCCAUUUUAGGCCAAGAGGGCAGUUGGAAAUACAAGGGACAUGGAAAUCCUUGUGUUUAUUGCAGACAGGUACAAUAGUUUGUAGCCACACAACAAAAAGCUGGAAGAGAGUUACUCAUGUAGUACAUUCCCAUAUACCAUUUUGAUAGGAAGUUGAACAGCCCCUCCCAGGCAACUAUUCAGGAACAUAAGUAGUCCUUUUUGGUGAGUACAGCUAGUUUAUUGGGAUACUUCCAGAGUGAAUGUGAGGGAGGGUCCAAAGUAACAUGCCUGGCACUCUGGGAGGCUGAAGAGGGUGCAUCACUUGAGCCUAGGAGUUCGUGACCAGCCUGGGCAACAUGGCAAAACCUUGUCUACAAAAAAGUGCAGAAAUUUGCUGGUGUGCUGGCACACAGCUUCAAACACAGCUACUCAGGAGGGUACCUAAGAGCAGGUGAUAACAACAAAUAGGUUCCAGAGGCAGAGCUGGAAAAAUGAAUACAUAAGGAGCAGGGGGCAGCUUAGAGGCUGCAGAAAUCAUGUUGGGGCUUGAUAAGCUAAAAAUGGCUAGCAGAGAAAGUGUUCAAGAAUGUGCUCUUGUUAAGCAUGUCUCAUCACAUUGGACAACAGUAAGAUGCAAGGAAAAUUUUAAUUUAUCAAACUACAGCAAUAAGGAGAAUAGGAGAAAGACUAUCAGCAAAUGAAAAUUUGAAAGAUGGAAAGAUAGCCAGUAGAGCAGAAGCAGGCACAGUUACGCUGCUUACAUAUGGGGAUAAGGAAAAGAAGGAACCAGUUUGGCUCCAGGCUCAGAAAUGCUUAGUACCUUGGAGGAUGGGAGAGAGAUGUGAAGAGAAAGCAGUGAAACUAAUGGCCAUUUGUAUAUGGAACAUUCCUCCUUAUUACAUAAACACACAGACUGCUCCCCAACUCCUGUACAUGGCUGACCAGAGGUUUAACGUCCAGCAAGAGAUGGGAAGUUUCUUCUCUGCAGAAGUUGAAUGGCCCCAAGGGAAAGACCUCUAUAUUGUGGAAAUUUGGGAAUCCUACAGCAAAGCUACUUUCUAGCUUAAGUACACAUAAAACAGCUUCAAAAUUCAUGAAAUAAAAACU